AGCAGCUCCGCGACUGCUUCCAACGGUCCUGCCGCAGUAUUUUUAGACGCGUCCUGCUGCGAACUCGCGCUCUCUCCAAUUUCGUUUUCGCGGCGAUCCGAUCGAUCUCCCAGCCGUUUCCAGUUAUUAACUGGACUAGGAUUAAACGCAGCAAGAAUUGAUAUUCACUUAAAAGUUUAAAUUCUAUUCACUAAAAAUGGCAGACGAUCAACAGGAGAUGAAUAACGAGGACUCGAAUGACAUGAACACCAAGUUCGGGUUACGAUUGAAGGGACGCAAAGGGGCCCUGAAAAAGAAGAACGUCUAUCAGAUCAAAGAUCAUCGGUUCAUUCCGAGGUUUUUUAAGCAGCCCACCUUUUGCUCCCAUUGCAAAGAUUUUAUUUGGGGCUUCGGAAAACAAGGUUACCAGUGUCAAGUGUGCAGCUUCGUUGUACACAAGCGCUGCCAUGAGUACGUCACAUUUAAAUGUCCUGGGGCCGAUAAAGGAGCUGAUUCGGAUGACACCCGAACAAAACACAAUUUUAAAAUCCACACAUAUUCGUCUCCUACAUUUUGCGACCAUUGCGGAUCUCUGCUUUAUGGCGUCCUGCAUCAGGGCAUGAAGUGUACAGCAUGUGAUAUGAACGUUCACAAAAGGUGCGAGGAAAGUGUGCCAAACUUGUGCGGCUGCGAUCAUACCGAACGACGAGGGAGGAUUCAAUUGAAAAUUAGUUGUGUGGGCAAUAAGUUAACUGUUGUAGUAUGCCAGGGAAGAAACUUGAUACCCAUGGACCCAAACGGCUUGAGCGACCCAUACGUAAAAUUAAAACUAAUCCCGGGUGAUUCGGAUAAUGUCAAAAAGAAGACCAAGACCAUUAAAUCAAAUUUGAAUCCAGAGUGGAAUGAAACCCUUACUUUUGAUUUGAAGCCUGAAGACAAAGACCGUCGAUUGCUCCUAGAGGUAUGGGAUUGGGACAGAACGUCUCGAAAUGAUUUUAUGGGAUCCCUAUCAUUUGGGAUUUCGGAAAUUUUAAAAGCCCCCGCUGACGGUUGGUUUAAAUUACUUACUCAAGAGGAAGGAGAGUUUUAUAAUGUUCCGGUGCCGGAGGAGGGUAUUGAUAUUGCACAAAUUAAAACGCAAAUGAGGAAAACCUCUAUUACGAAGAAACCUUCCAUCACCCAAGACAAAGAUGUUCCACACAAUAUGGGCAAAAAAGACAUCAUUAGGGCAUCAGAUUUUAAUUUUUUGAUGGUGCUGGGAAAAGGAUCUUUUGGAAAGGUUAUGUUAGCCGAAAGAAAAGGCACUGAUGAAUUAUAUGCCAUUAAAAUUCUGAAAAAAGACAUAAUUAUUCAGGACGAUGACGUUGAAUGCACCAUGGUUGAGAAAAGGGUGUUGGCAUUAUCCAGUAAACCACCGUUUUUGGUUCAGUUACAUUCCUGCUUUCAAACUAUGGAUAGACUCUAUUUUGUGAUGGAAUACGUAAACGGGGGCGAUCUCAUGUUCCAAAUUCAACAAUGCGGCAAAUUUAAGGAACCUGUUGCUGUAUUUUAUUCGGCUGAAAUAGCCAUAGGUCUCUUUUACCUCCAUACAAGAGGAAUCGUCUACAGAGACUUAAAACUGGACAACGUCCUGCUAGAUCAAGACGGUCAUAUUAAAAUCGCCGAUUUUGGCAUGUGUAAGGAAGGCAUCAACGGUGAUAAAACUACCAAAACUUUUUGCGGUACUCCUGACUAUAUUGCACCUGAAAUUAUUUUAUACCAGCCUUAUGGAAAAUCGGUUGAUUGGUGGGCUUAUGGGGUGCUCCUGUACGAAAUGUUGGUAGGGCAACCACCGUUUGAUGGUGAAGAUGAAGAAGAAUUAUUUGCAUCUAUUACCGACCAUAAUGUUAGUUAUCCUAAAGGAUUGUCCAAGGAAGCAAAAGAAGUUUGCAAAGGGUUCCUGACUAAAAACCCAAAUAAGAGACUAGGGUGCGGAAACCGAGGCGAAGAAGAUGUGAGAGGCCACGUAUUUUUCCGGCGGAUCGAUUGGGACAAAAUCGAAAAUAGAGAGGUUCAGCCGCCUUUUAAACCCAAAAUCAAACACCGCAAAGAUGUGAGCAAUUUCGACAAGCAAUUUACGUCUGAAAAAACUGAUCUAACCCCUACAGAUAAAUUAUUUAUGAUGAACCUUGACCAAACAGAAUUUAUGGGAUUCUCUUUUUUGAAUCCCGAAUUCGUACAGCAUGUGUAAGUAAGCAUCAAUGGCUCAGUUUCCAAGGGAAAAGUUGUUUAUUCUGCUAUUGGAGAUAUUGGAAGAGUUAUCUUGAAAACACAUAUCUGUAUUUAUACUCUUCUUCAAUAUGGUAUAUUCCAGAUAUUAAAAGAGAGGUUGUUGACAUUCCAGUACUCUGUACAUAACAUUGUACCUUUUUAUGUUCCUAAAGGAAUGUUAUGCAUUUUAUUAUAGUUUACGCGAACUCAUCUCAGCGGGCAGAACAUUUCGAUUGAGAUAAUCAAGCACUAGUGCUUUCAGGGGAAUUUAUAAAUAGAAUCUUUUUUGGGAUAACCCUCGUAUAAACAUUUUACCACACACGCUAGCAUUUUAAGCAUCUCAGGCUAGAAAAGGAAUAAAUAAAUUAAUAAUAAUAUUUCUGCUAUAUUUACCGCGUUUAAGUGCAUUUUACAUUUUAAUCUAGUAUAGAUUCCAAUUUUGGUCAUCUAAUGUGAUUUUAAUGUUCUCGUAUAGAUUAUUUUAGAUUUAUAUAUGAAAUAGGUAUAUGGACACUAAUUCUUUUAAUUUUCUUUAAAAGUUAUUAUAAUUUAAUGCGAAUAUUUUAGGAGGUAAACAUCAUGACAAAGUUGACAUUUUCUUAUAUAUACAUGUAUCUGAUGCAAAUUAGAAGUUUUGGAAUAAAUGAAGACGUGAAAAAAGAAAUUAAUAAAAUACUCAAGACACACCUGCUUAAGCAUUUGAACAAGAUUAUGUCACAAAUAAAUUACACUCAAGAUAUGCGUCUCAUAGAAGAAAGUAUUUACUUUAAAAUUUCUUUCCUUAAGAUUUAUGUUGAUCUAUUAUUCCUUUUGGCGUGCUUGUUUACAUUCCAAAUUAAAUCAUCUGAUUUAGUAGAUCCCUAAAUAAUAAAGGAUGGAUUAUUGACUAAAGUUUUUAGUUAGAAGAGUCAUUUCUCUUUUUCAAAAACAUCAAAGAAAAUUAUUUUAAUUGAUAUCAUAUUUAAGAAUGUCCAUCCAUAAACAUCGCCAAGGGUAUCUGUUAUUUACUCAUUUUUGUCUUUCUGCUUAAUUUUAGCUGUAUAAUGAAACUCCGUGAAUCUAAAUCAUUUAAAACACAAUAUAUAUUGACUAAAAGUCAGAAAUCUUUAUAAUAAAGAUGAUGCUGGUGAAUGGUUUUUCUAGUAUCUGAUGAAAAGUACAAUUACUUCAAAUUGUGUAGAUUGCAUUAGUGUUACGGUAUUCAAAUCAUAAACGUCAGGUAAAUCUUGGAUUAUUCCACAUUUUUCGUAAUACUUACAGGUUUAUUAUAUAAUUUCUCAGUUACAUUACCUAUGAAUCAUCUUGAGAUGUUUAAUUAUAGCCUGAACUCGUUAGCAGGCCUCUUUCUGUAGUAUUGUCGGAUACCUACUUCUUAUAUGGUACUUACAAACGUUACUUACGUCAUAGGACAUAAAAUAGUGACAACAAACUCUAUAGAACCUUUUUUUGCAUUAUUUUUAUUAGUAUAGCAUUAGGAGCUUAACUAUGAUUCUGAUUAGAAUUAUUAAGUGAUUUAACUGCGAUGUAUCAAGGUGUCCAGAAAAUUGGACUCACUUGGUUACAUACAGAUGGGAUAAAAGCUGAAUCAACAUCAUGUUUAAACCAUACAUGUAGGAACUGACCGGCUUCUAUAAUUAUUAUGUUGCUUAUUGUUGAAAAAUUUACUAAAUUUCUGAAAAAAUCCAGUAAAAAUAUUAUAAAAUAUACAAAAAAGCAAUAAAGAAAAAAAAUCACAAUAACAAACUACAUAAGUAACAGAAAAAGGUAAAAAGCUAUACAUCUAUUUAUUUAUAGAAAAAAACAUAGGGUAGGCGCGCCUAAGAGUACGCACUUAAUAUUCUUUUCUACAUAAAACUACAAUAAAGAAAAAUAAAUAAAAAAAAUAGUGAGCAACCAAACAUAUAUUCUAUUAGCCAACAAAAAAACACAGUUCAAACCCUUUUUUAAAAAAAAUACAACUGCGUACUCUUAGCACCACAUAUGCCAAAGAGUAUGCAAAGGUUGGGCUAAGAAAUGUUUAAUUGCAUAGGUCGCAAUGGAAUUGCUUUUAUCCCAAGUAGCUUGUGCAAAUUUCCUGCCACCAGGACUUGCAUGUUGCGCACCUGACCCAAUCGCCUCGACCUUAAGAAUUGUUGUAGUUCUCUUCACAUUCAGGACAGACAGCAUCUUCUUGAUUGCUGUUGAUGCUGAUACUCAAAGCUUUCAAAGGCAUUUUCUUCUUCUUCUGCUUAGUGCUGUCAGUAAGUUUCCUUUUAAUGCUGCUCGUCUUGUUUUGGGAGGUGGAUUCUCGCAGUGAGUCUUUAUAAGGUGUAGAUGAUAAUAUUUCCGACCUAAAAAAUGUGAAAAUAUCUUUAUUAAAUACUAAAAGUAGGAGAGCUUUUAUUAUUAUUGUUGUUGCUGUUAUAAUUACCUUUUGGAGCGAACACUUCUAAUUUGCUCGGGUUUUGCCUUUGGUAGAGGUAUGAUCAUUUUUGGAGUGACUUCAGAUGUCCCAGGUACGGCAAGAUCACAUUUUUUAGGGGAAGAAAACAGUUUAGACUUUACAUUUUCGAUAUCUUCGCUACCUUGAAUAGAUUCUGAAUUUGGCAUUGGGUUAUUUAAACAACUGCUAUCAAUAUUUUUGGUUGGUGUUUUGAGACUAGCACCGUGUAUUUCUGUCGGAGUAACAGGCUCUUUACGUAUCCUAUCUUUCAAAACUGAAAUAGGCAAAUUGUCAUCAUCGUCGGAGUCGGAGUCGUGGUUGUCUAACACUUGAACAUUAUCUUCAUUUUCAUGUCGCCUAUGGUUUGUUGGUUCAAUGUGUAAGGCUCGAUCAGUUUCCUCUGAAGGUGCAAAAUCCUACUCUGUAAACACAUCUGGGUUAUAAGGAUACAAUCCUGUAUUUUCACAAAUCUGAAUUGUUGCAACCUUGGAAUAAGCUGCAUGAAAUAGUCUAGACAUUUGUUUCAGAGUCACUGGUCUACCAGGAUUUUGAAUCAUCCAUUUUUCGCUUUCAUUCGAGAAUGUAGUUUUCAAUGGACCAAAAAAGCAUUUAUCGAGGGGCUGCAUUUUGUGGCUCCCAUGGGGCGGCAAUGAUAGAAAAACUAUACAGUUAUUCCGACAAAAAUUAACUGCCUUACUGCUCUUCUAGGGUCGGUUCUAAUAACCUAUUUGUUGUCUCAGCCGGCUCAAAAAACUCGUCUGGGAUAAUAUGUGGAUGAAAUGGAUAAAUUCCCGUAUUUAAAAAUGCGCUUGUGGCAUUUUUAAUUGUAGCUGCUUUCCCGUAAGCAGACGUAAACAGUUCACCAAUUUGAUGUAGUGUUAUUACUCUCCCUGGAUGGUUUUUCAACCAAAGUGCACAUUCCUGGUUAUAAAAUGUCUUUAGUGGACCAUAGAAGCUGACAUCCAGGGGCUGGAUACGAUGGGUACAGUGGGCAGGAAAUCAUAAAGGGAUUAUUCCAUUUCUUCUGGCAAACGUCAAGGCAUUUAAUGAUUUGUGGCUAGUGUGCCCAUCCAGAAGUAAUAACACUUUUGAGUCGGGAGAAGCUUUAACAAAAGUCUGAAAAUGCUUUAACCAUAAAGCAAAGGAAUCAGAUGUCAUCCAUCCAGUCUCGUUAAAUAAUCCCAAAGAACCUGGAGGUAAAGCAUCUAAAAGUUCCUCCUUUCUAUUUUUCCUAGAGAAAAUCAAAGCAGGUGGCACAAAAUUACCUACACUAUUCAUGCAGCAAACACAGGUUACAUGCUGACCUCUUUCAGCACUGGUUAAUGAUCCUACUUGUUUUCUUCCAGUUUUGGCAAAAAUUUUUGAAGGCCUUUGCACUGUGGACAAACCACUUUCGUCCAUAUUGUAAAUCCAAUGCACAUCAAGUUUUUCUUUUUUUAGGGUAUUUUCCAACGUAUUAAAAAAAAAUUGCACUUGGGGCCUAUUAAAUGUCAUGGCUCUAGCCGCAGACACAGCUUCAGGCUGCCUUAGAGAUAUUUCAGGAUGUCGCAUACGAAAUCCUGUCAGCCACUCUCGUCCAGCGCUACGAUCUUUAAAUCUAUUUGGAAUCGAAACGUAUCGUCCAUUUUUCUCUAAGAGACCAAAUGAAAACAAAACAAAGGUAAGGACACAAAGUCACGGUCUUAUCAAAUCCAUAUAAUUUCUUAAAAAAGCUCAAAAAGUGUUUCGCUCUUGAGCAUCAUCAGGCCUAGACCUAUACAGAUCACAUUACAACUACGUAAUGUGCAACAACUAAGUAAUGUGAUCAAUAGUUGUUGCACAUUACGUAGUUGUAAUGUGACCUGUGUAGGUCUAGGCCUGAUGAUGCUCCGUGGAGCAUCAUCAGGCUUGGGGAACAUUGAACAAUUUCGAUGCUUUCAGCCAUCCCAUUGGGCCACCUUUUACAGCGUUAAUUGCACUUAGCAUUGCUUGUUCAUCCCACGAUUGUCUAGUUGAUGUUCUUUCACGUUUUCCCACCAUAAUGUAACUAAAAAUAAACAAAAAAUACAAUAUUCCUUAAAUUUAAAUUAAUUUGAUGUUUGUUUGUAAAAUGACAUAGUAUGCCAUUUUACCUUCAUGCCUAUCUGUGUCGUUUUACCCGCAGUAACAGAUAGUCCUUUCAUAUUAAACGACAUUUCCGCGCACGUGAAUCUGAAGUAUACACUUACAUUUAAAUACUAACCCUGGUUUUACUUUAAAAUCAGCACAAUUUCGUAAUAAAAACAAACUUUCAAAACAGCACAUGCAAAAUUUCUACACCGCUAAAAAUAAUUUUUUGAGGUUAUCUUCUACAUAUCAUAAUCGUAAAACAAAUAGAGUGCCCACAUGAUAUCUGGUCUUGGUUUGUGACAUGCAAGCAAACUAUUGACUAAAUGGCGCCAGCAGUUGGAGAAUAAAUAUCGCUAUGUCAUUUUACAUGCUAUGUCAUUUUAGGACACCUUCCCCUAUAUAUGGAUAUUUGGCAGAGAUUAGCUAAUAGUUAAAGUAGCAUUUUGUUUUGCUAAGAUAUAAACAACAUUAUUUUUAAGAAUACAAUAAGAAUCUCCUGAAUUAUUAGCAUGGAUUAUUAAUGUAAAAGUACUCGUUUUUAAUUUUUUGUACGAGUGAAAUUAAGAUUCGUAUCCAUUAAACGUUAAUGGAAUUUUAUUUAAAAGCGAUUUAUCUUUUUUCUGAAAUGAUCGAUCUAUUAUACAAAUUUGUUUCGGUGAGUCUACGAAUAAUCUGUUGCAACGGCCGCUUUUUAGAACCUUACCAGUUGCUUUAAAUGACCUAAAUAAGUUUCAGUUAUAAAUGUUGAAAAAUUAUUCAAGCAACCAUAUUUCGUAACAUCAGAUAAGUGGCAUAUAACAGGUGAAUAUUAUAUUUUAAAUACACUCCAUAAUAUUCUUCAUUUUUGAAUUUCUUCAGUUUUCAUUUGUGAACAUAAAAUUAGAAUACUUGAAUGAAAAAAAUGUUCAUAAACCUCUAUGGGCAAAAUAUUUUUUUAAUCUAAAAAGGACCUAGAUAUAGAAAGAAAAGUCUAUAUUCCGUGGCUUUCUUUGAAGGAAAUUCUGUUAGUAAUCGUGAUUUUCUAUUAAAUUUCACUGAAAAAUAAGCUUUUUAUGAUAUUAAUCUACUUGACUAGGCAAUCGAACUUUAAAAUAAUAAAUUAAGUAAUUUUGUCAUUACACCCAAACAAACUGCAUGCAUAUAGCCUAUUGGAAUACAAGUUACCAAACAUAUAGAGGCAUUUCUCUAAGAUGGUGAUCUUCAUCCAACAUUAAUUUAAAUUGUAAAUCCAUUCUCCUAGGUUCAUCAGUAUUUCUCAUUAUCACUCUCGCAUUAAUGUAUUCUCCAGAUAUCAUACACUUAUCACAUGCAGAAUGGCCAUCAUGAGAUGGAGUACUUAAUAAAGGCUCGAGUAGGGACGUCACAAUUAAAACUGUAUAUUCCAUUGAUUAACCAGCAAAUUUAAUUGCUUAUAAAACUAUUUAAAAAAUUGUCAAGAUAGAGAGGUGUUGUUGAACUACAAAAAAGAGCAAUCAGAAAACGAGAAAUGUUAAAAUUUGUCACACAGCCUAAAAUGGGCCACAAUUAAACAUUAGAACUGUGGGAAAGAGGUAGGGCUAUAAAUCUUAUUAAUAUAGAAUUGUCAUUCCAAUCUACACAUUGUGAUAUCCUUUAUUUAAAAUGCCCAAUAUGCAAAUUCACCACUUUGAAGUUGAACUGUAUUAGUGGUUUGAGGAGUAUGCAGAAGCGAAGAACUCCACAUUCUAUUGCCUGGAUGAAGUCAUUGACACACCAUCAAAGGCUCUUGAUACAUCAUAAGAAAUUGUUACUCUGGAGUAAUGUUUGUUCAUAUAUAAAUAAAAGAAGUUUACAGAAGCUCUCUUGUAAAUUUUCUAAAAAUAGCACUAAAGAAGACUUAUAAUGAAUUAUUGAAGAGUCACGGGUAAAAUAUCACUCUCUAUUAUAAUACUAACCUAUAGACAUAUUACCUCCUAAAAUAUUCGUAAAAAAAAAUAUUUUUAAAUCUUCUAAAAAUGUACAAGGUGUUAUCAGAUUUCAUUACUGGGAUUGUAUUAUUUUCUGCUUUUACUGAUGUGUAAAACGAACUGGUUAGAUUUCUACUAACUGAUUAAUCUAUUUAUUGGUUGUUAUAACACCUUGUAUGUUACUCACGAAUUGCACAAAAAAAAAAUAGUAAAAAUUUAAUAAAACAAUAUGUAUAUUUAUUUAGUGUACGUACUUAAGUAAAUUCUAAGACAAUCAUCAGUAAAUUUCGAAUUCUAAAAAAGGCGUAUUAGGAAGGUAUACAGGAAUAAUUUAAGCAAAAAGCUAAAAUAUGUUAUAUUUAUUUAAAAUAUUAAUAAGGAGCGAUAUUUUUUUAUCAAAUUAGUAUCAUAUAAUUGACCCUUAUUGAGGUAAAAAAAAACUGAAGCUUAAAUAAAUAUUUUGGUCAAUUUUAAAUAACUGAUCAAUACCAUGUUUAUUCCGGUGAAGUCUUAUUUAUUCGGUAAAAACUAUGGAUAUUUCGUAGAAAUCCAGUUUAUUCUUACACCCAAAAAAUAACAUAAAACAAACAAAGACUCAUAUUUAUUCAAACCCUAAACACACAAAUCCGCUGGUAUAUUGCCAGACUUUGUAUGUAUGUAUCUAACAUGGCGUAUUGCAAUUUCAAUAAACGUUAUGUGUAUUUAAUAUUUGUACUGUGUGUGGUAUUUGCUUUUCAUAGCAAUCUAGGGAGGCUUUAGGAUUAAGUAGACUUGUACAGAUUGAUGUACUAAGUUCGACCUAUAUGCAAAUGAAUCCCAUUUAAACUACGCUUCAUUAUAAAAAAAUUAUCGGGUAAAAACGAAAGUAAUGACAAAUAUUUAAUAAUAGUGAAGUAGUAAAAAAUAAUUAACUCGUUUAUUUAUUUACUUAUUCAUCUCAUCAACUUAAGUUAAUUUACACAAUACAAAACUUAAAUAGAGCUAAAUUAUAAAAUGAACAUGAGAUGAAUAACACUGGGUGUAAAUAUUUUUCUUAAAAUCUGUACGGUAAGAUUUUAUUUUUGAUAAGCAUUAACUAUUAUUCUAAACCUUGGUGAACCACUCCCUAAGGUUUCCAGAAAGAGCAUUAAAGAACUUAAAUGACCCUUAUCGUGGACUAGUCCACUAUACAGUAUUCUUCUUGCUUCAGCUAUUGCUAAGGUGAAAAUCUUAAUGAUAUCAGAUUUACAAGGCUAACAAGAAAGAACAUUUUCCAAGAUAUGCUAAAAUGGAAAUGUCAAAAUCUUUAAAUGCCUGCCGAUCAGUCAUCACGAGUUACGACGAAACCCAAGUAAAUUUUUUUUUUUAAGCAAAUAUCUAAAUUUAUUUAUAUUUAUUUAUCUAGCUAUUUAUAUAGAAGUUCAAAAAAAUCUGCUCGCGAAAAAAUAGACCAAGAAGCAGCAAGAUAAAGAAAAAAACAAUAGAAUAACAGAAGUAAGAAAGAAAAAGAUGCUGCAUGCCAAUUAUGCCAAUUCUGGCUGUUCUAAGAGUCAAAAAGACACAUAGUAAUCCCACCAGUAAUAGAUACAUAGAAUAUGUAACCAUUUUUUUUAGUUCUCUAUAAAAACUUAUUUAGUCUUUUGAGUAAGUUGACUAAUACUUUGCCCAGAAUCUCCAAUCUACCAGUUGUGACCUUACUCUCCUAUUGCGUUGUGGAGUGGUUGAAAAUCAGAGAGUUAAUCAUAAGUAUUCGGCUUGCACCCUUUGUUCGACCUAUAAAUUAGGUCAGGUCGUCGUUCGGAGUAUAUCAGCAAAUGAUUCUUACAUUUGGCUUACACAAGAGAUGUCGGCUUCCUGAUUGAUUCUGCAAUCUUCUUCUUCUUCUUCCUCUUCUUUUAGGCUCUAGGAACAUAGGCCUCUCCAACUUCCUUCCAUGUCUUUCUAUCCUAUGCUACCUGUACUACCUGCACCCUUUUGAGGUCUGCCUAUGUUUUUUUUUAUUUGUCUCGGUCUCCAUCUUGUUAGUCUUAAUGUUCAUCUAUCUGUGUCAUUUCUUGCACCUUACUUCUUCUUCUUCUUAUUUCUUUAUUUGUUAUUUUUUCUCUUAGACUGAUGUGCAAUAUAUAUUUUUUUAUGACUCUCAAUAAACUGUAAGUUUUUAAACAGUUCUUUCUGUGAUAGUCAUGGUUUCCAGUCAGUAAGUUAUCACUGAUAAGAUAAGCUACCUUUCUAUUCAAGUUUAUUAGUAUAUAUUUUUUUAAAUACAUCCCAUCUUCCCAAAUGCGGCUCACGUUGGUGCAAUUCUAUUUUUAAUUUCCGAUGUCUGAUUUUUCUUUCCUAUUCUGAUCUUAUGUCCCAGAUAUAUAUACUGGAUGAUUUUUCCUAUUUUUUUUGUUGUCAAUCAACACUUCAAUUUCGUCAUUACUCGUUAUUUUUGUUUUUUCGUAGUUCAUCUCCAGUUUGAUUUGGCACGAUCCAUUCUUUAGUUGAAGCUGAUCUAUAUUGCUAGUAAUGAGUACAAUAUUGAUUCAACGCCCGUCGAUAUUAAUUCGAAAAUGUUCCCAUGGAAGCUUUUUAAAGGUGUCCUCCAAGGCCAAGGUAAACAACUUUACUUUGGAGAAAUAGUAUCUCCUUGUCUUACCCCUGUCUGUGUUUUGACUUUAUCUGUUAUUAGAUCUUUUACAUGGUGGUGUGCUCAUAUAUGUCUUUAAUAAUAAAAGCGCAUUGAGUCUAUUCUGGCAUUAUUCAUUGCUGUUAUGAAGGUCUUCUCAAUUAAAGUUCGUAUAGUGUGUAAGUGGUCCACUGUAUUAUAUCCUCUUCUGAAUCCAGCGUAUUUGUUUGUCUGGUACCCAUCAAGUUUUUUUUUUAUCGGUUAAUAAUAAUUCUUGUUAGAAGUUAGGUAAUAGUUUUACAUAUUUUUGAGGUACCCUUCUUAAAUAGUAAGACUACUUCCGUAUUCUUCCACGCUAUUGGUAUUCGUUUGAGAGACAUUUGUUCAGAAGCAUUUUUUAUUUAUCCCUUAGUAUCUUUUCUUCCAAGCUUUAGCAUUUCUGUUAUUGUUGUCUGUAUGAUAUAAUUAAUUUGGUCUUCUAUUUCAUGUUUAUUAUUCUAGGUCUUUCCUUCAACGAUUGUGUUCUCAGUACUUUCAUACCUUUAUUUUUUUCUAUUGUGUCCUUGAUCUAACAGGUCUCGUACAAUCGAAUAUCCUGUAGGUUUUUUUCUCUAUAUCCUUAUUAGGUUGCCUGUGUCGAUCACUACCUUUCUUGCAUCUUUUUCUUUUUACCAUUAAUUCUAUUGUUUCUUUAUCUUGCUGCUUCUUCAUCCUUAUCAGAUUUUUUAAACUAAAACUUGGAUACUCCCGGUUAUUUAUUGCUUAGAUAACUCAUCUAUGGUUAAACCUUCAAGGGAGCAUAAUUGGUUUUCUAUUUCUGUUUUGUUGAUAUUUAGCCUAUUAUUGUUAAUUCUUUAUUUGUUGGAAAUCAUGGUUUUUUGAAUAUUCCUUUCCUCAAUCCUCCGACCUUCCUUGGUUUAAUUUCCAAAAUUGCUUUUACUGCCCUGUGAUCGCUAUCAGCAACAAGUUGAUUUAGAACGGUGAAAUCUCGACAGAUUUUUCUACGGUCUAAGAAAAUAUAGUCAAUUUCGUUUUUUACUUUGCUCCAUUUUUUAUUCGAGGGCUUUUUGUAAAUUAAGGUGUUAAGACAUCAUAACUCUUCGGUGUUUAAGGAAGUACUAACAUAUUGCGUCUAUACUGUGUAGUAUAUGUUCUCCUGUUUUCUUGCAAUUGAUAUGUAUAUGUAUAAUUGUUCUACUUCAAGGUCGUCUGUUGUGCAUGUUGGAGCGUAGGUUUAAAUAAUUUGCACUCUGGAUCGCUUGUUGAUUUCGAGGGUGAAAUAUACACAUAACUCGAACUGACGCUGCACAAAAUGUACUAAUAGUAAUGUAUUACCAGGUAUUUAAGCCUUUUCUGAAUCAUGAUCGCCACGCCUCUCUGUGCAUCUGAGUUCUUUUGGUAUGUAAUAUGUCCGGAUUUCAAGCUUGUGCAUUUUUCACCUUACAGUCUGGUCUCAGAAUAUCCCAUUUGAUAUUUUCAAGUUCUUUCUGUAACUCUUCAAGGUGUUGACUCAUUGUUCUUAUGUUGUAUGUGGUUAUAUGUAUCCGUUGCCUUUUAUCUUUUAUUUCCCGUUUAGGUAGCGGUAUGCAAGACGAGUUUGUACCUUCCCCAGAAUCUUCUCAGAGGUGCUUCCUUCCCGAAUAUGAAAACCGUAUUCUUUCCGAAUAUUUAGUUUAUAUGUCUGUCGACAUGUUUAUACGACUGUCGACUAGUUGCGUUAACGCAACAUAUUAUAUGGUGUCUAUCCAUGAUUUUUCCUAGUCGGUCAGUUACCCUACGGAUCUUUAUCCCUACAAUAACUAACCUCUACGAUUGAUUAAACAUGAUUAGACAACAAACUUCUCUACUGAACAAAUAUUACUUGUUCACCCUACUAUUGGCAUUUGGUAGCUCUAUGUCUCAGAAAGCUUAUAUCCAUUAGACCAAAGGGUAAGUGCUUUCUCUUUUCUUUUUACGUCCUAUUCGUCCAAUGAUUGAGUUAUGUACAAAAACAUAUUCCUACUAUGAAAAUCUUCAAAAAAAUUGAAUUUCUAUACAUUUAUUUUUUCAAGUCAUUAUAAGUGCCUUUUUAAUGACUCUUCGAACGGUAGAAGUAAUCACCUUUGUCCCUAUUAGCUGUCGGCAAAUAGGAACGAAUUUCAGCCUCGGAUCUUAGACUAUAAGAAGUGAAGAAACAAGAGAAAAUAGAUAGUAUGAUAAUUAGUCAUGCGAAUUUCCAAAAUGCGAAAGGGGACACAUUCAAGUCAAGUGACGCAAUCUCUAAUUUUACACUUAAAUUAUUACUUACUGCUUAUCUUUGAAGAUGAAAUUGAAUGGAAAUGAGGCUUUAGGCUAGAUCACUCUCGGGUUUGACCUUUAGAAUACUGAAAAUUGACUGGGUCCACCUAGCGGAUUCUGCUGUCAGUUUUUUGUUGUCAACUGUAAUUUCCCACAUAAGGAAAGAGAAGGCAGGGUACGUAUUAACACUAGUGCUAAUACAACUUUACACAUGAUACUCAUAUACAUAUAUGGAGGUUUGAUUAAAGAUUUGAUUAUUUUAAUUAGAUCGAUUUAUAUUUAUAUUUAAUUAAUAAUAGGUUAAUUUAAAGUUUUCUUUGUAAUAAAUUUUACAGUUGCCUUAAUUAUCAUCAGCUAAAAUUCUUCCUGUAUAACCUUUACGUUUCAAUUAUUCAUACAUGCAAUUUAUUUUACAUAUUUUUAAUUAAAAUAAAAACUAUUUAAUUCUUCGUAAAGUCUUCCUAGUUUAACUUUAUUCUAUGAUGAAUACUAAUACCUAGUUAAUACCGCGUUCGUGUACAGAGUGUAUCAUAAAUAAAUGCAGAUAUUAAUUUCAAUAAAGAACAUAGUAACAUUUUUAGUUUUCUUAAGAAAAUGCAUAGUUUAUGAUCCAUUCAGUAUACUCACAAUAGGUGCCAAUUUCAAAAAUAAAUAAAUUACUACUAUAUUAUACUAAUAGAACUAGAAUAUCUUGCCUUCAACUGUUAAACUACGUAAUAGUCUUUGCUUCUGUUUAACACCAUUUAAAGCAAUUAUAAUACUAAUAAUAGUGGUAGGAAAAAUGCUCUAAGCUCAUAAUAUAUCUUAUUGUGAUCGAGCCGUCGCCAGAUGGCAUUUUAACUAAUUGUUUACUGUACUUGUAUAUACUAUUUUAAUACCCCUUUGCGAUUUAUUCAAGACAUCUAUCUAAGCAUGUGCCAAAUUAAAUAACAGAUGGCGUACCAAGGGGUAGUAAAUUUAUUCUUUCAUCUCCCGCUUCUGCCUUACAUUUAGAGAAAGGAAAGAUAAUAUUAUAUAUUAAAAACUAGUAUUAUAUACUACAUUUUCUGCGAUAGUAUAUUAAGAACUAGAACUAUUUCUACAUAAGGGAAUAUACUCUUAUAUAUAAAUUUAGAACAAACUUUUUCCAUUCUGAUUAGCAAUAUAUAAACUUAGAUAUAUGUCGCAUAUAUAUAAAUAUAUAGGUAAAAUUCUCACGUUCUAUAUUUGUUAUUAGAUAAUUUUUAAGAUAUACUUUUAUGUUGUGUUUAUUACAAUAUAUUUAUUUGGGUUGGUUGUUACGGAAAGAAUGGACCAAACAUGUAUAUAUAUAGAAAUUGAUUUUAAUGUGGUUAUACUUUAUAAUUCAAUGUUAAUAAUUAUUUUAUAUAACGUGUAAACAUUGGGCUUUUAGAAUAAAUUUAAUUAGUUUAAUGUAGAGUGAAGCAUAAGUGUUUUUUUGUAAAUCACUUUAGAAUGAAUAGAGCCAAAUCUGAGAUUUAGGCAAUCUCUUAAGACCAACCUCAAGGUUUGAAAUUUAGAGUGAGAAACCAUAUUCGGCUCUAUUAUAUGAUUGAACAGUUGCGUUAUUAUUCUUCCUUAAUUUGAUGUUGAGAUUCAGAGAUUCUACUCUAAUUAACUCGAAUGCCUCUCAAUGGUGUGGAGAAGUUUGUCUCGGUAUUUUAAUGCCACCUCAUCAAUUCUGUUAAAUUCUUUUUUAAAUUUUGUAUCUCUUACAUCUGUUAUUUGUUAGGAAGAUCAAUUUUAAAGAAUACGUUUAUUUGCUCUUUGCCAGUGGCGAAGCGUGAACUUUUUUUUCGGGUAGACAAACAAUAAAAAUCGUUAAUUAGAAAAAAAUGUGUAUUUAAUAUUAUUCAUUUUAAUAAAAUAGAGAAUGAAAGCGCAUGAAAUAUUACUCAAAGAGAAAAAUUAUAUAGUGAUAUAAAAAAGAAAAAAAUAAUUACUAUAAUAGCAUAAAAAGAUAGAUAAAUAAAAAUAAAUACUACUUAGAAAAAAACACAACAUAGGUAUAACUAUAACUUAUAAAUCCAUAAAAUCCAUUAUUUUAAAAUUAAUUAAAGACAAAUAAAAACACAACUAAAAUACAAUUGCCAAUAUCGAACAGUCGUUCAUAAAUAACCUCUAAAAAAACCUAAGAUGUAGAUAUUGCGGCCGACCAGAUCAAGCGUGUUCAUAAACAAUAACCCUCAACAGCAUAAUAAAAUAGCUGGUCGACUUCGAUAGACAAAAGCUCGAAUGUCUUUUCCGCGAGUAAAUUUUGCAUACGUAAUAGGCUGAAUGGUGAUGCGGCCGGACCUCUGCCACCUGCUUGAUGCGUAUAUGGUUCGAAUUGCUCUAAAUUUCGGAAGACAAAUAUCAAUGUGUCUUUCUGAGGCUCGUAUACAAUAAUUGGGUGUCAGCCCUGCAUUUUUAUUUUAAUUGGUGCGUCAGGCGAGGCGCGCCUUAGAUAUUAUAGAUAGAUAGAUAUUAUAGCCGUUUAGAUACUAUAUAAUAAUAGUAAGGAGCGACUACGUUCUGUGUUAUUUUUUUUUAAAUUGUAAUUCAACAAUUACAUGAAAUAAUUACGUAAUAAAUUAAUGACAAAUAACUGGAUAAUUUUGGGUAGACAGUGUCUACCUUGUCUACUCGUACGCUUCGCCACAGCUCUUUGCUGAUACUUUUUCUGGAAUAUUUUUGUAAUUUACAAAAAUACAACUUGUUUGGGAUAAUUGAAUCUUUCCUAUUCAGAUUUUUUUAAAAACCACAUUCGUUUGUUGCACACAAAGCACUUGCUUUAAGUAAAUUCACGACGUUUAAAAAUCGAUAAUUUCAUGUAUUCGUCUACGUGGCCAAUUCGUCGCAUAUGAUAUAUGGCAUAUCGAAUUUAAAAAAUGUAGUUACUUUAGAAACGAAAACUAUUUUGAAAACAAUGAAAGGGCAACUUAAGUGGUCCAACAUAGACGCAGUGAUAACGGUUUAAUCCAAAACACAGCAUCUUACAUCCCCCUGAGUAUAAUAGGAAUGAUUAUAGAAGUGCACCAAAGCGAGAAAAGGUGUACUGUAAGAGUAGCCACUACCUGGAGUUCUGACAAGUAGAGAUUUAACUGGAUGGAAAAUUGUGCUUCUUUCGCACAUAAUAAACUUAUGGAUCAAUGUGGAGUUUAGUGCUCUCGAAAUACUUCGUUGCGUUUAUCACUUGCGGUAUACAAUUGCUUAGAAGAACAAAGUGAAAAAUGCAUCCCUUCAAUUACUUUUUACUAAUUGCCACCUUACUUUGUUGUUACUUUAACCCAGAUGCGAAUGUUCCGACCCGUAUGUAUAUCAAUUCUCCGUCUAGGUCCCAAACCGUAAUCUGCAGUUCUGAGCCUUCUCUUGCAAAUCCAUUUGCUUCUUCAUUUUCUGGUGACUUUUACACCCAAGGUCUGAUACCCAAGUUACAGUAAGUUUGUUUUCAGAGAGCUACAAUUUCUAAGGCAUUUAUGCCGUCUACAACUAAUCUGGACUUGACUUUGUAGGAACUGAUUGCCUUUAUUGCAGUCUGUGUAAAUAAAUUACUAUUCUUGGUACAUCUGCAUCUGUAAAAUGAUGAGAACACCACUACACUUAUGUUGGGACGAGGGUAAAAACGUUGAGGAGGGGGAUUCCCUGAUUUCUUCAAGGGGUUCUGAGGAAUUCGUACGUAUUGAUAUGAGACCAGGAAAAUCGCAAAGUAUAUGUUCCAUUCUCUCAUCUUCGCGGUUGCAUAGUGGGCUCGUGCUUAUAGUUUCAAUUUGAAAAAAUGGCCAUUUACUUAACAAUACCUAGUGAAAGAUCGAAUAUCUGUUACCAGGCGUAAUUUCUUUCUAUAAACUUCUUAGUCAAAGACAAUUUGCGCAUUGCCACCAAUUUGUACGGGUAGCUAAGAAGCUCCUUACAUAAAUUGCAGCCAUAAUCUCACCGCUUUUUAAAAAGCGGAUGAGACUGUUUUGAUUAGCUCUCCAGAUAUUCGUCAUAGUCAAGUUUAUAAAAGACUCCUGCCUGUUUUGGGUGAAAGCUUCCAUAAAGCUGCGACUCAAAGUUGCAGUGUCUCAAGUUGUAUUAUGUUUAAUUGAAUGUGUUUAAUUUUGGAACAAUCUGAGUAGAUGUUAGCGAAACCCACCAUUCGAUUCAUGCCAAUGCCCUUUAUGUUGAUUGUGUAGGUAUUUUCAAGUGCAAAGAUUGGCAAAGCAGAAGAAACGAGCUUGCUAUUACUCGCCAGAAGCAGAUAUAUUCAAACAAUGUGUGGCAUUCUUUAAAUAUGGUCUAGUUUCCGCCAAAUUGUGACGUGACCUAUUUUAUGGCUCUUCUUGGAUAUAAAUUGCACAGCAUCUCUUUUAGUAUUUCUUGUCUAGAUUUGUGACAAAUAAGUGUCUGGUGAAGAGUUAAGCUGUCAUUUUAUCAGAUAUAGCAUGUAAUCCAUUGACUUGACCUUUUGAUUUUUCUCCAGUUGCCCAAACUUAGACAAUGGCUUUGUAUGAGUAUUUUGUUGAAAUUGUUCUCAGGUGCUCGAAAAAUGCACGAACUUUUUCGCAUGCGGUGUCUCGAAUGGGUAUAUACACAGAUCUAAAUAGCUACACACCCCUCAGCGUUAAAGCAGAGAAUAACAUUAAAAUUAUAAAAUCCCUUCUGACGAUGCAAAAUAAUUUUCAUUCGAAAUGGUCGUCCGUCUCCCGUCUGCGGCGAUUAAACUUGGGAACGAAGGAAGGAAAAUCUUCGUUUGGUCAACCGGCUUAAAACGUCGGGCGACAUUUCGGGCCCGCACUUUGCCUAUUGGAGUAUUUAUCUGUUGCGUAGCUAUUUAGAUCUGUGGUAUAUACCAUUCGAAUAUCAAAGUUCGUGUGCGAUUUUCAAGUUGAUUCUGCCACUUAUCUUGUUUUGAUGUCUUGUUUUUUUUUUAAUUUGUGUGAUGUUAUUUAAAAAAAUAACAAUAAUCAAAUGGCAAGAUUAAACAAUCUUGUGCAAAGAAACGUUGUCGAUGCACUCAAAGAGACUGAAACUCAAGCAGAUAGAAGGAAUAGGAUGGACUGAGUGUAAUCUGUCCGCUACUUUUAUCCACAAGGCUUGUGCAGUUUUAGCUGAAAAAUCUUGGGUGAAUUUGCUCGACUUUAAUUCCGAGUGCUCUUCCAUAAAUGAACUUAGUUCUUUCUUUUGCUCACUCGACACUGUAAUAUAUUUUUAUUUUUUUGAAUCCAUCCUAAAAAAAAAAGUUUAUUCGAAAAACCCAAGAAACGCCAUGAAAAAAAAUCUUAAAAUUUCCAUCCCGUUUGACAUGGCCUCCAAUAGCACUCGACUUUGCUACGUUGCCACUACAUUUCAUGUUCGUAUGCGAAUGAAAUUUCGAAUGCCCUUCAAAAAUGCACUUUUUAAUUCGUGUGCGAAUUUUGCCGCUCGACUUUGUUCGCAUUCGAAGAUUUUCGCAUGGUUUCGAAAAUACGACCCCUGGUUUGUAAGAUUAAAUUUGGUACUUUAAAAAUUCAUUUGGUUAUAUUCUGUUUUUUUCUACCUUAUGUUUUUCUUUUUUGAUUGCGUCAAAUUUAAUUCCAGGAUUUGAUAUUAGGAAUAAUAAAUAUUUAAUGAGAAUUAAAGUAACAUCAGUAUCCUAUUAUUCCUUAUACAGGGUGUCCCAAAAUUAGUGGACGAAACGCGAACCAUGUAUUCUUUGGUCAAAAAUAAUCUCACUUUUUCCUAUAAACAUAUAUCGGCAAACGCUCCCCAAGGGAGCUACGCCCCUUUUAAAGGGGGCACCUGAAGAUGGUUUUUUCCACUUAUUUUCGAAACGGGUAAAUAUAAAAAUUUUAAAUUUUGGUAUUCUCCCAAUUUUGAUAUGCUGAAUUUAGUUGUCAUUUCAUAACUUUCA